AUGAACGGCGGAGGCCAGUAUGGCAUUGUGGGGCCCGUCGUUAACGUUCCUGUCGAAGUGGACACCAUGGUUAAAUCGUUGCCGCGAAACAUUCACGAAGACCAUGCCAUCAAUGUUCACAUUAAACGCAGGAUUCUCAACAAGACAUCAUACCUCUCUGGCGUGGUGAAGAAAUCUCAAUUGAAACCUUGGCUUGACGUCUUGUGUCGGAGUACGUUGUACAGGUACUUUGGUAUUACUCUUGACGCCUCCUCUUUAGACGCUCUUCCAGACGACGACGCAUUUCAACUGCUCGAAGAUUCCGUCGAAACUAUACCCCAGUGUCCCGACGUGCACAAUCCAGUUGAUGCAUGCGUGGCGCUUAACGCAUUCGAACAGUCCGUGGUGUGGGACGAAGAGCGCUACCUGGCCAUAGCUCCUGGUGAACACAGACAACCACUGAGCAUACUGUACGAUGAAAGAGCAGAAGAGUUGUCCUUCCCUCAGAUAUACCUUGGUGAGCCCCGGCGCGUAAAGGCAGAAGCUCAUCCCACGCCCUUUACAUAUGCCACCAGUGAGAUACGUCGCAAAGACCGUCGCGGUGUUUCGCCUCACCACAUCCUGUUCAUGGCAAUGAAAGUGCUCCGAUUUAGAGUCAGUCGCGGCCUGGCCGUCACAUUUCGCGUCAACGACGACACCGACAAAAUUACACGCCAAAUGCUUGAAGACGAACACUUCAUACAGGAUACAAUUGACCAAGACAUGGCCUUUAUGAAGGGCGUUCCCAACACGGUUCACUACUGGCAGCAGCGAAAGAAAGAUGUCUUCGCUAUGAUACGCCAGCUUGGCAAGCCGACUGCGUUCCUCACCCUGUCAGCCUCAGAGAUGCAUUGGCCGCGAUUACUCACUCUGCUUGAGCGGUUGCGCCAGCAAGAUCCUACCUUAGAAGUGCACGUGUCGGAAAUGACAUCCAUAUACCGUGCUCAGCUCGUCAACAGUGACCCCGUAGUGUGCGCCAUUUACUUUAACAAGCUCGUGUGCGUCAUUCUAAAUGUCCUGUGUAGCCGCACUCACUCGCCUUUCAAACCUUACCGCGUCGUGGACUACUUCAAGCGCAUUGAAUUCCAGCACCGGGGUAGUCCGCACGCUCACAUCUUACUUUGGCUGGACAACGCACCGUGCGAAACCGUCUCCUCCGACAUGCCAGAAACGAUCCGCCUCGCAACGCACCUCGUGUCCCUCGAUACCUCUGUGUUGCCGCGCCUGCGCACUCAAGUGCACCAACACACGCACACCUGCUACAAGCGCGGAAACUCUCGUUGCCGUUUUGGCGCUCCUUUCUGGCCCACUGACAACACCAUGGUGCUACUUCCCUAUCCGCCCACACAAGACGAUGCCGAAGCCACGCGGCGCGUCGCACUCAAGGAACGCUUCUUGCAGAUGCACGCCGCUCUUGAAAGCACGCACUACGACAGCAUCGGCCAAUUCCUCGAGCACCAUGCAGUCACUACCGAGGAAGAAUACGUCUCCGUGCUCCGCGCUGGCGUCACGCGCCCGACCUUGUUUAUACAACGAACAGUGCAGCAAAAGUGGAUCAACGUAUUCAAUCCGUGGGUCGCCUCCAUGCUCGACUCAAACAUGGACCUUCAGAUCAUCCUUGACGCCUACUCGUGUGCUGCUUAUGUCGUGGAUUACGUAAAUAAGUCCAAUCGCGGGGUUUCAAACCUGCACAAAGCCGUGUCGGACAUUUUGGCAGACACUCCAAACAUACCUUAUGGCCAGGCUCUUCGGUUACUCGGCGUUAAGGUGCUCAAGGCUGUUGAGAUGAGUGCUCAGGAAGCUGCGUGGACACUCCUCCGGCAGGAGAUGUCCGAGUCCAGUAGACGGAUCAUCUACAUUGCCACAUGCCUACCGGAAGAGCGCACGCGCGUUCGCAAAACGCGUGCGCAGAUGGAAGCAGCCGGUCUCGACGCCGCGUCAACGGAUGUAUGGAAAUUUGGGGUGUUGCGCAGAUAUGAAGACCGCCCAGACAAUUUGCAAGACGUGUGCUUGGCAGACUUUGUGGCGCAUUACAACGUGCACACCUACCAAAAGCGCCGCGACCCAGCCGUCAUUCGUUACCGCUGCUACUCCAUCGACGAAUCACUCAACUACAUGCGGGAAGCAGUCACACUGUUCCUUCCUUUCCGCCGGGAAGUAGAUAUUUUGGAUGGCAAUGCUUUUGAGCACAUGUACGCUGAGAACGUGGACGCCUUGCUGCUCAAAAGAUCUGAGUACGACAGUAAGUUCGACAUUCAGCAGCUGCGCCACAUAUGCCUCCAAAUGUGCACCGACGACGCCCAUAGUAGCGAACUACACACUGUCACUGACCCACACCACGUUCCUUUGGUCGACCAAAACGACGACGAAGAUUUGCUCGGACCACCUGAUGCUAACUCCGUAGCACCAAAAGGUCGCUGCGCCGCCGUCUGCACGCGUCAGGAUGUCAUGACCGGGGACGCCUACAGGGAAAUGAUGCGUCUCACCAACAAGGAACAGUUCGAAGUCGUUCGCGAGGUGAUCCACCGCCUAACCACACCGACUUCUGAGCCACUCAGAUUCUUCUUGACUGGUGUUGCCGGUUGCGGCAAGACCUUCGUUCUACGCCUAAUUAUGGAUGCCUACAACCGCUACACUAACACCGCCUCCACUUGCACGCACAACGCGUACGUCGCGUGCGCCACAACAGGCAAGGCAGCGGUUGCCAUCGGUGGACUCACUGUACACGCCGCCUUCAAGCUCAGUAUGCGUGCCGACGGGGGCUUGCGCGACGGAGACCUCAACUCCUUCCGUACAGCGUUCGCAAACGUCAAGUGCGUCAUUGUGGACGAAUGCAGCAUGAUGAGCAGUGACACUCUCGCACGUGUCGACGACCGCCUGCGACAGAUCACUGGCAACUACAACGACCCUUUCGGUGGUUUGGACUUCAUAAUGUGCGGUGACUUGCGCCAGCUGCCCCCUGUCCGCGCCAGCGAGGUGUACAAACGCAGCAAAACACGCAACAACAUCUUCAACACCCACGUAACUUGGCAUCACCUCUCCUACUUCCCGCUUGUGCAAGUCGUCCGGCAGAGCGACGCCACAUUCUCCGCCGCACUCUCAAAGAUCGGCGAUGGUCAUGCACUCGAAAAGGAAGAAAUCGACAUGUUUCAGGCCCGCUUCGUUUCCAAACAGGACGCAAACUCCCGCUGUCCUCACGCAGUCCGGCUAUUCUACUCCAACAAGGAUGCCGAGGCGUACAACACGCACGACGCCGUCCAAGACGUUCACGAUAUUCACGAGGCUAAUGCAGACGACUCCAUCAUCGGCUACCGCACCGAUGCUGAGUGUGAGAGCGCAAAGCGUCGGCUACACUCGCUUACCACUGCUGAGGUUGGUAACCUCCCGCGAAAACUCGUGCUAUGCUUAGGAAAGCCCUACAUGCUUACACUAAACAUUGACGUGUCCGACGGCUUGGUUAAUGGGGCGGUGGGUCACCUCAACCACGUGCAGUUUGACGAAAUGGGCCUCCCAAAACGUGUGUGGCUCCACUUUCACUGCCGAGCAACUGGCAACAUUGCUCGCCUGAAGGCCAACCCGAUUCGCCAAGUUGCUGGUUCUGUCGUACCUGUCGAUUCCGUCCCGAUAGAGCUGCGCACCGCCACUGUGACUUUGGACAGAAGAACGGGUGUGUCCUGCCGUCGCAAGCAGUUCCCCUUGAUGCAAGCGAGCGCUGUCACGAUACAUAAGUCGCAGGGCGGAACGUACAGCGAGGUGGUGUACGAUUACCACAAGCGCCAUCCCCAAAAGCUAGUUUACGUUGCGUUGAGUCGAGCCACCACUCUGCACGGACUCUACUUAACCAACGCAGAGGAUGACUUCACCUUCUACCACUGCAGAGAAAACCCGGAUCGGGCCUUGUCGGACGAAUUUCGUCGCUUACAAAACCAUAAGCUCAACACGAUCGCCGCCAAGUGCUUUGCCGUCCUCCACUCACCGCAUAGCUUAGCGCUAUGCAACAUCAACGUGCGCUCCUUGCCUGCACACGCCUUCGAUGUGUCGCACGAUCACGUCGUUCGCGAGGUACCAGUAUUAUGCUUGUCGGAAACGUGGACGGACACUGCCGUCGAAUUGCCCGGUUACAAGUGCGUUACCCUCGCAAAGCGACACGAGCGCCGAGCUGCUGGAGUCGCCGUGUACGAGCACUUCGGAGGAACCACGCUUUCACCGCGAAACGUUCCGUACCAACUCAACACGCUGCCACAGAUGAGUUGUGGCGAUGCGUGUGCCAUUCAAACAUCACAGGGCUUCAUCGUCGCAGCUUGCUACCUAUCACCAGGAACCUCGCGGUCCGACGUCACCAACUUCUUUCUCCGUAACUUCCGUGCGGUGUGCCUUGAGAAUGCGCCGGUCAUCAUCACUGGAGACUUCAACGUCAAUAUGCUUCGCGGGGAAAACGAGUGGCUUCUCGCGUUUCUUGAUGCCGAACUUGGACUUCGCCUCUUGUCGGACGUCACACAGCCGACUACGCGCAACAACACCUGUUUAGAUCUUGUGUUCGGAAAGGGCAUCGCAUCCCGAGUGCACUGCGUCACAUUUCCGACCUACUUUAGCGAUCACAAGCCGGUUCUCGUGGUCGUGGAGUGA